AUGGCGUCCUCUCGGCGCUCCCCGCUGCUGAUGCUCUUCGGAGCCAUCUUCUUCUUCUCAGCUCAUGUCCUGGCUGCUGCGGCUGUUCUCGGUGUCGAUCUAGGGACCGAGUAUAUCAAGGCUGCGCUAGUGAAGCCCGGCAUCCCGCUUGAGAUUGUACUUACAAAGGACUCUCGACGCAAGGAAACCUCCGCCGUCGCUUUCAAGCCUAUUAGAGGCGCCGUCGCAGAGGGCCAGUAUCCCGAACGAAACUAUGGCGCCGACGCAAUGGCAAUCUCCGCGCGAUUCCCCGGCGAAGUAUACCCGAAUCUGAAGCCUCUUCUCGGACUCCCUCUGGGAGAUGCGAUUGUCCAAGAAUAUGCGGCCAGGCAUCCUGCGCUGAAAAUCCAAGCGCACGCCACGAGAGGCACUGUUGCGUUCAAGACGACAACGCUGCCCUCCGAGGAGGAGGCCUGGGCGGUGGAAGAGCUGUUGGCUAUGGAGCUCCAGAGCAUUCAGAAGAACGCAGAAGUUACCGCCGGUGGUGACUCUUCAGUCCGCUCCAUUGUGCUCACUGUGCCUCCCUUCUACACCACCGAGGAGAAGCGUGCUCUUCAGAUGGCAGCAGAACUUGCUGGUCUCAAGGUCCUCAGUCUGGUCAGCGACGGGUUGGCGGUUGGCUUGAACUACGCUACCAGUCGCCAAUUUCCCAAUAUCAACGAAGGCGCCAAACCGGAGUACCACAUGGUCUUUGAUAUGGGCGCGGGCUCGACUACUGCCUCCGUCAUGAGGUUCCAGAGCCGCACUGUCAAGGACGUUGGCAAGUUUAACAAGACGAUCCAGGAGAUCCAGGUUCUUGGCAGCGGCUGGGACAAAACCCUUGGUGGAGAUUCUCUCAACUCCCUGAUUGUUGACGAUAUGGUUAACCAGUUUGUGGAAUCGAAGGGUGCUCAGAAAAUUGGGGCAACUGCUGAACAGGUCAAGGCUCACGGCCGUGCUAUCGCGAAGCUGAGCAAGGAAGCUGAGCGUCUCCGACACGUUCUGAGUGCCAACCAAAACACUCAAGCCAGCUUUGAGGGGCUCUAUGAAGAUGUUGAUUUCAAAUACAAGCUUUCCCGAGCCGAUUUCGAGAGCAUGGCAGAGGCUCAUGCAGAGCGAAUUGGAGCUGCUAUCAAAGACGCACUGAAAAACGCUAACCUCGAGAUUGGCGAUCUCACCUCUGUCAUUCUUCACGGUGGUGCAACUCGCACUCCAUUGGUGCAAAAGGCACUUGAGAAAGCCGUUGGCUCUGGGGAUAAAAUCCGAACAAAUGUCAACUCUGACGAGGCCGCUGUUUUUGGCGCCGCUUUCCGGGCUGCUGAGCUUAGCCCAAGCUUCCGCGUCAAGGAAAUCAGAAUCUCGGAGGGAGCCAUGUACCCGGCUGGUAUUACCUGGACGGCUGCGAAUGGCAAAGUACAGCGCCAGAGACUCUGGACAGCCCAAUCGCCCCUAGGUGGUCCGGCCAAGGAGAUUACUUUCACCGAGCAGGAUGACUUUUCCGGUUCAUUUUAUCAACAAGUCGAUACCGAGGACAAAUUGGUCAAGACGUUUUCUACCAAAAACCUUACCGCGUCUGUCGCUCAACUCAAGGAAAAGUAUCCCACUUGUGCGGAUACUGGUAUUCAGUUCAAGAUCGCAGUCAAGCUCCGUACCGAGAAUGGCGAAGUUGAGAUUACCAAGGCGCUUAUCGAAUGUGAGGCUGAGGUUGCUGAAAAGGAGGGUUUUGUUGACGGUGUUAAGAACCUGUUUGGCUUCGGAAAGAAGGACCAGAAGCCCCUCAGCGAGGGAGACAAGGAUGAUGCCGAAGCUGCAUCUGAUGCUACUGAGUCCAAGACAGAAGAGGCCAGUUCCGCUACUAAAUCUUCUUCCACCACCAGCACUCAGACUGGAGAUGCCGCUGCUCAAUCAGCAGAUGCUGAAAAGAGCGAGGUUAAGAAGAAGCAGAUUGUUUCCAUUCCCAUUGAGAUUAGAUUGGAGAAGGCUGGGAUCCCACAGCUGACCAAGGCUGAGUGGACAAAGGCCAAGGAUCGGCUGAAGGCAUUUGCAGCCUCUGAUAAGGCUAGACUGCAGCGUGAGGAAGCUUUGAACCAGCUUGAAGCAUUUACGUACAAAAUUCGCGACCUUGUCGACAACGAGGCCUUCAUCGCCGCAUCUACCGAGGAGGAACGCCAAACACUAGCUGAAAAAUCUAGCGAGGCAAGCGACUGGCUCUACGAGGAGGGAGAUGCAGCCAAGACCGACGACUUCAAGGCAAAGCUCAAGGUCCUUCAAGAUCUUGUAGGGCCCAUUCAGAAGCGCAUUGAUGAAGCUGAGCGUCGGCCUGGUUUGGUUAAGGAGCUGAGACACAUCCUUAACACUACUGAUGUGUUUAUCAAGACAGUACGUGGGCAGAUUUCUGCCUACGAAGAGUGGAAGGCCACGGCGUCAACCAAGGAUGCAGAAUCUGCGACUUCCAGUGCUGCCACCGAGACAAAGACCAACGACUUUGAAGGGCUAGAAGAUGAAGACGAUAGUCCUAAGGAUGCGGAGGAGAACCCCAAAGAGGAAGAAAUUGUGCCUCCCCUGCAUAACACUGAGGAGAUAGAUGGGCUCGAUGUACUCUACAAAGAAACGCUAGAGUGGCUCAACAAACUUGAGGUCGAACAGGCGGCUCUUCCUCCCACCGCUGAUCCUGUCCUCCAGGUCAGCGAGCUGGUUGCAAAGCGCGAAAAGCUCGACAAAGCCAGCCUAGAUCUCGCAAUGAAGAGCUUCAAGCAAUACCAGAAAAACAAGCCCAAGAAGCCCACCAAGAGCAAGAAGUCAAAGAAGGACAAGACAAAGAGCGCCGAGCCGGCUGGCCAGACCAUUGAGUUCCCCGAGGGAAGCAAGCCGCUCAGUGCGGAGGAGAUUGAAGAGCUGCUCAAGCAGUAUAUGAAGGAGGACGAAGCGGCGAGCGCAAAGGCGGAAGCGGAAGCUUCAGCGGAGCCGAAGCAUGAUGAGCUCUAA